AUGGGCGUAAAAGGGUUGUGGGAUUUGUUGCGUCCUGCGGCAUUUCAAGUGCAGAGUCUUGAUGUACUCUCGGGAAAGACUGUUGCUGUGGAUAUUAGUGUUUGGCUUCAUCAAUUCAUGCUCGGAAUGGGAUUAGAGGAUCAUGAUGAUGAAUUCUUCUUUGGUCGAGGAGCCAAUAAUCAAACAGGUCAAGCAUCGUUUUCUCAAGUUAGAUAUUUGAAGGCUUUAUUUAAGAGAAUUUGUAAAUUAUUAUAUUAUGACAUCAAACCAAUUUUUAUAUUUGAUGGUGCAACUCCACUUGUAAAACAGAAAACAAUUCAAAAGAGAAGAAUGAGAUCAACCAAACAUAAUUUUCGAUUGAAAAAAGUGGCGAAAAAGUUAUUGAAUAGAAGAAUGUUGGAGAAACAUUCGGGAGUUUCUUCCAUAGAUAGAAAAUUGAUAAAUAUGAAAAAAGCUAAGGAACCUGAGUCACCAAAAUAUGAGGAGGAUUUUGAUUUUGCAAUGCCAUCAUCAUCUUCUUCGUCGGUUGCAUCAAGUAGUGGUGUUGCAAGUUCGAGUGGUGUAAAUAGUUCAAACAAUCAACAAACAAGUGUAAAGGAUGAAGAAGUUUCAAUAUUGUGUGAUGAGAGAAAUUAUGAAGGAGCAAUGAAUGAUUCAUUUGAAGCUAUUGAAAGAGUGGAUAUGAAUGCAAAUUUGGAUUUAGGAUCUGGAGUUGAUCCAGAGGUUUUUACACAACUGCCAAAGGAAAUUCAACAGGAUAUUAUCAAACAACUGCGUAGAUCUAAGAGAUUCAAACCCGAUUCCCAUAUUAGAGAUUUGAAGAAAAAGACUCCUGAAAAAUUCUCUACUACUCAACUUGAUUCUUUUAUUAAGGGAAGUCAAGCAUCAUUACAAUUGAAGAAAUUAUUGGAAGUUUCAGAGAGACAACAUUUAUUGGAUUCUCUACCUCAGAAUAUUGGAUCUUCACAAAGCAAUGAUGAAAUAACAAUGGUUAAAGAGGAGCCAGUGGAAGUAGAAGUGGAACAAGAAUCUGAUGAAAUGGGUAUGGGAUUCUUUGAAGAGGAUGAGGAGCCAUCAAUUUUCCAAUCAGCUUCACAAACAACUCCAAAGUCGAAUAGAGCCUCUUCAUCGAUUUCCUCUGUGGAAGGUGACAUUGGAAACUUUCAAAUUGUAGCAGGUGGUAGACUGGCAUCAAAUCCAAAUCAAGGAUAUGUCCUCCUCGAGAAAACUCCACCAAAAGAAAAAGAACAAAGAGAGACUCCUAUCAAUACUCAAAAGGCAGAGUUAAGUAAGGAAACAAUUCAAAGAUUUAGCGACUUUCUCUCAAGAAAGGAAGUUGUAGAGCAAGAGGAAAUACUACCUGCUGCAAAAGGUAAAGCUCCUAUCAAUGUAGAAAAUGAAUUUGAUGAUGAAGACGAUGAAAUUCAAAUAACAUUUUCAAAUAAUGAUCUUGAUAAUAUUUCUGAUAGUGAUAUGCUACCAGAUUCAAUAUUUUCAACAAUAGUGGAAAGUGGGGAUUCUAUUAGACGAAACAUGAAUGAAGAAUGGGAAACCGCUCAAUUAGUGGAGGAGGAUGAAUUUGAGGAGGUUCAAGGUAAAUCACCACCAGCUGUGGCUGGAGGUGACACAGAUGAGUGGGAUGAAGUGCAGGCUCAACCAGAAGAACCAAUACCAAUAGAUAUUGAUGAACAAGUAGUCAUUGAAGAUGAUUUUGAACCUGUUCAAAUCGACAGCAGCGAUGAUGAAGUGGAAGAAGUCACUCCCUCCCAAUCAAGUGUAUCAAUUACAAAUGAAUCCAUGAACUCUAUGGAUGAUUCAUUUGAAAAUGAACAGGAAGCAUUAUUGAAAAUGAGUUCGGUUCCUCUGGUUAGCGAUGAAGAGGCAAGAAUGCAAGAAAUGAAUGCGGCUAGGUUUGAGCAGGCCAUGUUCGACUCUGAUUACCCAAUGAUCGAUCUCUUUAACUCCAAGUCGAAAACAACAAAUCUCUUCUUCGCCUUGGUGGACCUGGCCAAAGAUUUAUUGACCUAUCUUGGUGUUCCUUACUUGGUUUCACCUAGCGAAGCCGAUGCUCAAUGUGGAUUUUUAUCUAAACAUAAUUUAGUGGAUGCUGUCAUUACUGAGGAUUCUGACUUGUUUUUGUUCGGUGCAAAUUGUGUAUAUAGAAAUGUAUUUGGAUCGACAAGGCAUAUCGACAAGAAUAUUAUUGAAGAAUAUAGAAUGGAUAAUAUUUUCAAAGUUUUGGGAUUUACAAGGACUAAUCUAAUUCAGAUAGCUCUUUUAUUGGGCUCUGACUAUACGGAUGGUGUACAUAAUGUUGGUCCUGUGACAGCAACUCAAGUUGUGGACGCCUUCAACCCUGAAGAAAAAGAACUCGAUGAAGAUAAUUUAGAAGAAGUUACCCAGGGAUUGAAGGAUUUCAAAUUAUGGGUUGAGGACGACACUUUCAAUAUGGGACGAACUCAAAAAUCAUGGGGUAAAAAGGGUGAUUUCCAAUUCAAUUACAAGGGUUCCAAGAAGAAAUUCAUCUUCCCAGAAGGAUUCCCAGAUAGUAAGAUUAUUGAUGCCUACACGAAACCACAAGUAGAUGAUUCUCUUUCAGAUUUUGUUUGGGCAGAUAUUGAUAGUGAUCCAUCAACUCAAUCCUCAUCGUCUCAAGUUACUGCUUCUUCUUCUUCUACUGACCCACCAAAAUUGAAUUGGCAAGGAUUUUACACUUUCUGUCUAGAACGAAUGAAUAUGUCGAGGGAGGAAGUUGAUUCGUACAUUCAACCAAUUCUAACAGAGAGAAAGAAGAGGCAAGCCAUCAGAAGUAAAAAAGUAGAAGAAAUGACUCCCCUCGAACGAUUCAUAUUCGAAGCAGACAAGAAAAAGAAGAAGGCAGCUGAAAUUGAGAGUAAAAGAGUUCUCAAUGCAAUUGGAUCCAUUAAGAAUAAGCAAGCCAAGAAGAGAAAGAAAUAA